AAGAUUAUAUAAAUCCAGUUAUUACAUAUGGAAAUAACCUAUUUUGACGGCUUAAACUAGGGCACUAAGGGGCAUUGACGCUGCGAACUUGGCUCAAAAGACAUUCACCCUUUCAUCUGCUUUAUUCGUUUGCAUAUACAAUAUCACUGUGCGGUAGAUUCAAUUUACGGCUCGCAUUUGCAGCAGGUAAACUCUGCCAAACGCUGUACCCACAAUGCAAAGCUAUGCUAGCGAGUCCCUAGCAGAGCAGCCUGGCUGUGAGCAAAAAAAACAACAACAGGCUACUUUCCGAAGAAGGCAGCUGCAUGGAUAGCGACAACAACGACGACCAGGAUUCCACGCAUGCAAAGAUAUUUUCUUAAACCAAACUGCAUCUUAGCCUUAUAAUGUGAGUACUGCAGGGUUUUGAGUGUUCUUCACCAGCCGAAGUGAUAUUAAUCCGCUCCUUUAAGGGGAAACUGUUUGCAGGCUAGCUGGCUAGCUCGCUAGCUAUCUGCGUCUCUCUAUGUUUGAGUGUCUUCCGGCAGCAGCGGUGGCGGCAGCAGCGGUGCCAUGAACAGUGGACUCCCAGCCUCAGCUGCUCCGCUUGGGGGUGCCGGAAUACCCAAUGUCAAGGUGAAGUUUUGCCGAUAUUACGCAAAAGACAAAACCUGUUUUUAUGGAGAAGAGUGUCAGUUCCUGCACGAAGAUCCGUCCAUGGCAGGCUUACCGCUGCACGGUGGCGGUAGCCCCGUCCCGUUGUCGAUGGCUGCAGGUGGCGGGACUCCCGCGGUGUAUUCUCUAGGCGGCCCCGCGGCGGCCUGUCCGGGGACCAGUGUGUCCAAGAAAAGUGAAACAUUGGCAUUGGGUCCUGCAGGCGCAUCUCUCGAGGGGCAGCUGUUAACAAUCCCAGGGAUGGAAGGUGCCACCCUGAGUGAUUCCAAUCUCACCAACUCUUACUUCAGCAGCAGCUUUAUUGGGGUCAAUGGGUUUGGAAGCCCAGCAGAGACUAAAUACUCAAUGAUGCAGCGAAUGACUACCAGCAGCAGCUCUCCCAGCCUCAACGAUGGUGCCAAGAACUUCAGCCACAGCACUCAUGAUCCAGUGAACUCCCCGACAUCCUCACUGUUCAGUGAUUUUGGUGCUCUUAGUAUUUCCCAAAGGAGAAAGACUCCUAACCCGGCAGCAAGUGAGUUCAUCCCUAAGGGAGCUCCACAUAUGGCCACCAUGGUUCAGUCCCCUGUCCAGGCCUUCCCCUCGCCUCUCUUCCCACAUCCUGGCCUCAGCAGCUCUACAGCUGCUGCGCUGGCUCCUGGUAUGUCUCUUUCUGCGGGAUCUUCUCCUCUCCACUCCCCAAAAAUUACACCGCACACCUCACCUGCUCCACGUCGGCGCAGUCACACCCCAAACCCUGCCAACUACAUGGGGCCCACAACUGCAGCUGACCAGGGUGCUCACAUGAUCCAGAAAGAAACUGUAGGGGGGACCACCUACUUCUACACAGACAACACCCCGGCACCAAUGGCUGGGAUGGUUCUUUUGAGAAGCAAGAGCGUUGACCCGCAAAUUCCUGCAUACGACCCUACACUUCAGUCUGUGUUUCCUACGUACCAUAUCUAUCCCCCCACUGCGCCCCAUGUGGCUUACAUGCAGCCAAAAGCCAAUGCCCCGUCCUUCUUCAUGGCAGAUGAACUCCGACAGGAGUUGAUAAACAGACAUCUGAUAACUAUGGCCCAGAUUGACCACUCAGAGAACACAGAUGUACCGUCUGAGGUGGACAGCUACCACAGCCUCUUCCCGCUCGAGGCCCUCCCCCCACCAAACCGCAUGCAGAAGACCAGCAACUUCAGUUACAUCACCUCCUGCUACAAGGCGGUCAACAGCAAGGAUGACCUGCCUUACUGCCUGAGGAGGAUACACGGUUUCCGCCUUGUUAACACCAAGUGUAUGAUGCUGGUGGACAUGUGGAAGAAAAUUCUGCACUCAAACUCUGUAACACUGAGGGAGGUCUUCACCACGAAGGCCUUUGGAGACCACUCGUUGGUGUUCUCCUAUGACUUCCAUGCGGGUGCAGAAACCAUGUUCAGCAGACACUUCAAUGACCCAGCAGCAGAUUCGUACUUUACCAAGAGGAAGUGGGGGCAACAUGAACCUCCCCCGCCACGGCAGCAUGCAGGUCUGCUCCCCGAGUCUCUGAUCUGGGCCUACAUUGUCCAGCUCAGCUCGGCCCUGCGCACCAUCCACACCGCCGGCCUGGCCUGUCGUGUCAUGGACCCCAGCAAGAUUCUUAUCACUGGCAAGACCAGGUUACGGGUGAACUGUGUUGGGGUGUUUGAUGUCUUAACCUUUGACAGCAGUCAGACCAAUCAUCUUGCCCUAAUGCCACAGUACCAGCAAGCAGACCUAGUGUCGCUGGGCAAGGUGGUGCUAGCGCUGGCAUGUAACUCACUGGCUGGUAUUCAAAGGGAGAACCUGCAGAAGGCCAUGGAGCUGGUGUCCAUCAACUACUCUUCAGACCUCAAGAACCUCAUUCUGUAUCUGCUGACUGAACAAUCUCGCAUGCGCAGCGUCAAUGACAUUAUGCCGAUGAUUGGAGCUCGAUUCUACACACAACUGGAUGCAUCGCAGAUGAGGAACGAUGUCAUUGAGGAGGAUCUGGCUAAGGAGGUGCAAAACGGCCGUCUCUUCCGCCUGUUGGCCAAACUGGGCACCAUCAACGAGCGGCCAGAGUUUCAGAAAGACCCGUCGUGGUCGGAGACGGGCGACCGCUACCUGUUGAAGCUUUUCCGGGAUCACCUGUUCCACCAGGUGACGGAAGCUGGGACGCCCUGGAUCGACCUCAGCCACAUUGUCUCCUGCCUCAACAAACUGGAUGCUGGCGUUCCUGAGAAGAUCAGCCUGGUGUCGCGGGAUGAGAAGAGCGUCCUGGUCGUGACCUACUCGGACCUGAAGCGUUGCUUCGACAGUACCUUCCAGGAGCUGCAGGCCGCAGCCUCCGGCUCUCUGUAGCGCCCUCUUCGGGCCCGGGAUGGGACUGCCUGUACCUGGAGCACACUAUUGCACUACAGCGGAGCACCAGUCUCAUGGAGAUGACAUCAGCAUGGCGAAGGCAGCGGGGCGGGGCUUCGUGAACCUCAGUCACAUACACUGACUAUGUCCACCAGGAAGGCUUUUUCUAAAGUGUAUUUUUUUUUAGUUUUCCUAAACCCCGCAGCUGAAAAUUGUUAAAUUAACAGGAAAAACAAACAUAAAAGGACAAAUACGGAAACUGUGACGAACGAGUACGAUGACAUUUUUUUAGAUUUGGGGAACAAACAAGAAACAAACCAUGAGGUUUUGAACUUUUAUUGUUUUGUUUCUACAUUUGGGGUUUAUUUUUUCUGAGGAGGAUGCACUAAGAUUUUAAUUUUUUUGUUACUUUUUUGUUAUUUUUAUCAAUAUGUGUGAGUGGCCUACAGGGUGCACAGAGAGCUAAAGUCACACACGGACAUAAACACCAGAGCAGGUCAAACAAAAGAGCAACAAAAAAAAAUGAAAUCCAGCUUUCUAUUGACUGCGCCUCUCUUCCGGCUGGAGACCACACCCCCUUCAUUGUUGACGCACUGGGAGACGGGACACGCACCACUCGAGGCUUUCAUGAGAGCGGGACCUGUUUCGUGAGAUGGGCCAGCCCACCUUUGCCUUGGCUGUUGGUUUCCCCUCAGAAAGGACAAACCACUUAGGCGGGUGGGAAGGGUUCCCAAAACUGGAGAAAUAAAUGGAUUUUGGACAUUUUAGUUCAGGAGAAUGUGGAACAUCAGGCUCGUGGGGGGGUGGCCUACCAUGGACUGAGAUUUAGGUGUUUUUUUUUUUUGGUUAGCACUGAGGAAGGGGUGUCUUCUCCUGAUGCUGUUUACCAAGUGUUUGUUAUAUGCGCAGCAACCACCUUUGGUUAAUGGACGCUUUCGUGACAUGAACUGCUCAAAGAUGGCUCAUUUUGGUUUGGCUGUCUAGCACCUGGUUGUAGCCCGAGGGUGGGGCUUCUGUUGAGGUGGAGCCACAGCUGCCUCUUCGUGGAAUGUCCUUAUUUUGUCCCCCGCCCGUCCUCCUGCCUCCAACGUCCCCUUUCUGUCCCUCUCUGUCUCAGUCCUCUUAUUUCUGCUUUUAUCCCCAUCUUCACCUCCCAACAGGGGGUCUAGGCCACUUGAGGAAAAAAGUGACACUUUUUGUGAGCUUUUCUCGAGCUGUUUUUCUCUUUGCUUGGAUAUUGUGCAGGAAUGCAUGAUGGGAACUGGGAGGGCAAUUUAUUUUUGCCUCAAUUCAACUUUAUUAUUAUGUGGACCAAUUCCAGGAGGGGUUUAGGGAAAGGGGAAGGGAUGGAGGACAAAGGAGAGAACAGGGCAACAGCAGUUUUAUUUGGUUUUUAAAUAUCAUGAAAUACAAACAUGGCGGAGACAAAACAGUGGUGCUCUCUGCUGCACUCACUUGGGUGGCUUGGAUUUCUCUCAGGAUGACGAACAGCUGGAGGGGCCCAAUGAUUGAAUGUGUUUGGCUGUCAUUGGUCACCCCCUGUCCAGUCAGAUAGAUGAGCUACAGUGGAGUGGGUGGGAUGUCUUCAGGUGGAGGUUUUAGGAAGUGAGUGGCGCUGUGGAGGUCACGGUGUGUGAGGGAUAUCAUGUUGCCCUUAAGUACGGUUCAUAUUCCGUUGAUGAUUUGAAUCUCUUUGAAUCAAAUUAACUUGUAUUAAUUUGGUGCAAACCGGCUCUGCUCUGGUAAAGAGAUCAAUCCAAGCUCUGUAUAAUUACUGUUCUUGAUUCCUCUGCCUUAUUCUAGUUCUCGGUAGCUUUUGACGAGUGCGCACAAGCAAAAGACUGUCGAAAAAACAGGGUCUCGUGUAUGAUACGCAGUGUCGUAUUAGAGACAAAUCAAGGUUAAAGGCGUAAACAACAACACAAUGUCUUGGCUUUUACGUAAACUUUUCAAAGUUUUCAUGGAAGUGGAUGAUCUGUACUUGGGGGUAACAAACCUGCAGAGAGCUGGCUGUGUUAGAUCAUGUACUACUUCCUCUGUUUUAGUGAAAUGAACAGGCAACAACAUAUUUGGUGAAUGUGGUGCUUUAGAAAAUGCUGAAAACACACACAGAGAUGCACACACAUGCUCCCCAACUCGGUCCACACAGUGUCAGUUCUCAUAUCACUAUCUUCCUCAUCAUAACAAACACACACACACACACACACACACACACACACACACACACACACACACUCCGGUUGAUAUUAGUGAUGACCUUCUCCACAUCAACACACCUACAAUCACCAUCUUAGUAUGUUUUAUGCCCCUCUUGUGUUCAUUGUCUCAAAUUUUGCAAUAUUUGUGUGUACAGCAGUAUUUUAAUAAAGAAUACCAAAACUGA